UCCACCGUCUUUGGGCAGUGAAUUAGGCGAAGGAGGUUUUGCAAGCAACUUUACACAAGAGGAUUUCUGCUGUUUGGUUGCUAGUCCUGAUUUAGUUCAAGGAGGCAAACCAGACACUUUUUAUGCCAGCGUGCCUUAAUGGACCAGGAAAGGCUUUAAGAGAAAGUGGCAAAAUGAAAGUGAACAAUACCUUAGCCAAAGCAUUAUAUGACAACAAAGCUGAGUGCCUGGAUGAGCUCGCCUUCCGCAGAGGAGACAUCCUGAUGGUUCUUGAACAGAAUCUUCUUGGAAGUGAGGGGUGGUGGAAAUGUUCCCUCCAUGGAAAGCAAGGCCUGGCCCCAGCAAACCGCCUCCAGCUUCUCACACCUUCAGUGGUUCCCUCCACCCAACAUGAUGCUGAAGGACUACCAGUCAGCCCACAGACAAUCUAUCAGGUUCCUUCAGCCCACAGGUCUUCCACAUCAUUAUCGGUCUAUGAACACAUGGAUGGUUGGAUUACUCCAUCUCCUCCUCCUUCUUUGUCUUCUUCUCAUCCUGUGACACAGGAAUUAUACCAAGUGCCAGCUUUGGCAGCUCAAGUUCUCAGUGAAAAGACUCAGAGUUCAUCGAAUCAGCACCUCUUUACUCUCCCAAGAGCAACCUGGGCUUCGGCUUCUGCAUUGGAGAGAAAAAGUGAUAUAUAUGAUGUUCCAUCACCACAGCAUCGUGCAUCUCUCUUUGCUCAGGGUCUCGCCACUCCUCCUUCCUCCAGAAAGGGCUCCAGACUAUUUCCCUCCACAGAAUAUUGCCUGGGGAAAGCACAGCAACUUUAUGACAUCCCAUUGAGCCCGGAAAUGGCACAAAGGCGCACCCGGCAAGAAUCUUCAUUGGACAAUGUAUAUGUCAUUCCCACAGGAGUUUCUAAGGAUCUUGUCACAGGAAAUCAUUUGGCUCACUACAAUACCUUACCAAACCUUCGGAAAUCCGAAUGGGUCUAUGAUAUACCUGUGUCACCUGAAAAAUCAAAACAAGCUACUCAGAAUCAUUCCCCAAAUAGGCAUGUGCUUUAUGAUAUACCACCAGUUAGGCCUGAUUCAGGAAUGCAAAAAAUCCCAUCUGUCAACAGUGAAGACAAAUUAGUGAAUACAGAAGCAUACGAUAUUCCACCCAUACGAAAUAAAUUAGCUUCUCCUAUGAGUCUUCUUUAUGACAUACCAUCCACACAUGAUGCUUUAGUGCAACAUCAGAAUGGCAUUCCUUCAGAUGCUCUUUCCUCCAAGACCGAAAAGGAGAACCACCAACAGACUGUCUAUGAUAUUCCAAAAGGAAUGCCUGUUGCUUUGACACAAAAGAAAGAAAAUGCACAUGGUGACAGAUCUGAAGAUAAUGUACACAAUUUCCCUCUGCUGUUGUCCACAGAUGGCAGAUUAGAUCAAGACAGAUUGUCUGUCUCAAGUAUAGGCAGUAGAACCAGCACCAUAUCGACAUUAUCAAGCUCUUCUACUGAGUCCUUUUCAUCUACAGCAUCAUCAUCAACUCUGUCAUCAUCUUCAGAAGAGUCCACUAAGAAAAGUACCAUGGAGCUUGAGGUGGCCAUAGGGACUCUAACUAAACUACAGCACAGUGUAUCAAGCUCAGUGGCAAGCCUAAUGAUCUUUGUGAGCAGCAAGUGGAGAUACCAAGAACAUCUAGAGGGAAACAUUGAGGAAAUCCACAGAGCAAUUGAUCACAUUAAGGUCUCUUUGGGAGAAUUCUUGAACUUUGCUCGCACCAUCGAAGAAAAUGCUGCUUCAGGCUGUGAUAGCAAACUUCAGGCAAGGAUUAAAGAGCAGCUGAAUAACCUCACAGGCUCUUUUCAGAUACUGGUGGAAACUAGGGAUGCACUGAAUGAUUGCAAAUGGUCACUCGACCUUCUAGUAAUUAAGAAACCUCAGAGUAACCCAGAUGACCUGGAUCGUUUUGUUAUGGUGGCUCGCACCAUUCCAGAUGACAUCAAAAGAUUUGUCUCCAUCAUCAUAGCUAAUGGGAAACUACUUUUCAGAAAGAACUGUAAAGACAAAGAUGGGAAAGAUGAAAGAACUGGUGGAAAGCAAAAACUAUUAAAGCACACAUUGGAAUGUCGAGUAGAAGAUGAGUCUGUUCAAAAAAGUAUUUUUGAUAAGCCAAAGGAAAAUAAACCAUGUUCAGAGAAGCUGAGGGUUGAUGAUACUGAAGAUUGUGAUUAUAGCCGGAUACAGAAACCAGUAGGAUUGGAACAAGCACAGCCGUUUCCUUCACCUUGUAAGACAGAGGAAAAGAAUGUCAAAUUAAAAAUAAAGGGUUCACCACCUACAACACAAGACAGCAAGCAGGGCCCAGCCACAAAGAUGGAGUUGUCCAAUAUCUGCAGACUAUAUUUUGGUGCUGUCCAGAAGGCCAUUAGUGUUUUCCACCAAAGUCUUAACAAAGAUCAGGCCCCUGAAGUCUUCAUAGCCAAGAGCAAACUGAUAAUAAUGGUGGGACAGAAGUUGGUGGAUACCUUGUGUCAGGAAGCCAUUGAGAAGACCAAUCGAAAUGAGAUCCUGUGUGGUAGCAGCCAAUUUUGUGCUUUGCUGAAGAGCUUGGCGGUCGCUACGAAAAACGCUGCAAUGCAAUACCCAAAUCCUGAAGCUAUGAGAGAACUUCAGGAUCAAGCUGAUGGGCUGUCAAAGUACACACAACAGUUCCGAGCAAUGAUGCAAUGAAGCAUUGACUCGUUGGGUGUUCCUGAGGAUAAGAUGAACAUAUGUUGGCAGACUCUGAAAUCUUUCUUCAGUUUGCAAACACAAUCCUGUCCCCACAAUCUAAGAGCCCUUUCAAGGUGCAGUGGUUCUGUUUUAAUUGCCAUGACAACAUCCUAUGGAAUCCUAGGAUUUGUAGUAUAUGAGACUAGAAUUCUCUGGCUGAGAAUACUAAAGGCCCCUCUUUUAACUGCAAAUCUGGGGUUCCAUUGGGUGUUGGCAAUGGCAGUCAAAUUGGAUUCAUAGGCCAUAUCUGCAUUUACCAUUUAAUGCAGAUUCAAACCAGUAUUGAAGAAAAUAGUUUUGCUGUGCAGGUGAUGACCCAAGAAAUCCUGGAACUAGUUUGGAACUAGAAUGGUGUUUACACAAAAUACAGAGCACCGAUGUGCAUUAAGGUAUUUUUUCAUACCUUAGCGGAAGAGUGUGUUGCUUGGCUGCAGUAGUUUGAAGCUAGCUUUGAACUCCAUUAAAUGGUCAUGCUAGAUGACCAUUAGUGCUGUUAUCUGGUAGUGUGGAAGACCCCUUAGUAUGUAUGGGCCCCAUCAUCUUGUUCUGUUGAGCUGCAGGUCUGAAUGCAAGCACUACCCGUGACAACCCAAAUGCAAGUAGAAGUCUGUGUGUGACUGCAAAUGUUUUUUCAGUAGGGUCCACAAUUGUGUAAUUGUGGACAUGAGAAUUGUCCUUUGCACCUUGCUGUUCCAAGAGUCAAGAUAUAAACUGAGGGGAGGCCAAGUCUUACUUAGGCUGAUUAUGACUGUUCAAAUACAAUGCCUUGAGUGGGGCAAAAGUGAUCACGGGAGCCGAGUUUAAUGUGUAGGAGUGAUGGACUCUUUGUUUAUUAGAAAGCAUGGGUGUCAGUGUUUUCAUCUGCACAAGGAAGAUAAUCCUACAGUAGUUCCUUGUUUCACAGGUAUGUUGUAAGAAUAAAUAUAUACACAUUGGAUGAAACGUUUUGAAGUCUUUGGGGCUAUUCAGAAGACAGUGAGCAUGUUCAGCAACAGACCUGAGUAAACUAUCAAGUCUAUCAAACCAUUGGUUGAGAUAGUCCUUAACCAGGUUGGACAUUUCAUCCAAUGUUUUAUCGUUAAAGGGGAACCUUUCACACUACAUAAUUGUACAGUAUCACUGAGGGCCCUUCCACACAGCCAUAUAACCUAGAAUAUCAAGGCAGGAAAUCCCACAUUAUUUGCUUUGAUUAUAUGAGUCUACACUGCCAUAUAAUCCAGUUCAAAGCUGAUAAUCUGGAUUUUAUAUAGCAGUUUAUAUGGCAGUGUAGAAUGGGCCUAUAUUGCUUUUAGAUUCAAUGACAAUUUAUGAUGGAGAAGCAGAGCAGGUGCACACAGUCUUACGAUCUAUUCUCAGUCCCUACAUCUAGAAUAAUUGCUAUGUCUGCAUUAGCAAUGCUGGAAAUGUAAGGCAAAACUCUGCGGCAUCUUUUAGUUUUGCACCCCACUAAAUUCUUCAGUUGAUACCACAUGAAAAUUCAGUGUAAGCAUUUUGUAUAUGGACAUGCUUACAUAGAUUGAUCUUACAAUGCAGAUGCAUCCUAAGAAACCAUCAAUUAGUUUUUAGCCAGUUUCUGAGAAGCAGAUAAAAGAGGGCUAUUCUAUUAUUUCUUUAAUUUAUAUCAAGCUGAAGGGGUAGAAUCAAUACCAAAGUCAAACAAAGAACGUUAUUAUGUAUUUUAAAAUUAGGUCUUUCAACACCAAGUAGCAGCAGAAAGCACUCAUUAUCAGAAAAUGGAAAUGGCAGAAGAAGAAUCCCAAGAGUCAGUGAAUAUAAUUUGGGUUAUAGCAGGCAUGGGCAAACUUUGUCCUGCAAGGUGUUUUGGACUACAAUUCCCACAAUUCCUAACAGCCUACUGGCUGUUAGGAAUUGUGGAAGUUGAAGUCCAAAACACCUGGAGGGCUGAAGUUUGCCCAUGCCUGGGUUAUAGAAAAAAUGUCUAAUUGGUUCUAUUUCUAAUGUUAUAACUAGCAGCAUUAGUAGUUUCUUCAUUUUUAGUAUCUUUAUAAAGUUCUAAAACCCUAAGAUUUGCUACAGAAAUUAGCUUUUAUACUUUCCUUGCAUAUGUUUGUCUUGAUUCCCAAUAAAUAAACUAAUUUAUUUCAUGUAA